AUAAUCUAUUAUAAAAUCUUAGCCAAAGUCAAUCAACAUUUGCUUUUUUAUUUUGUACUUGAUACAAUCUGAUAUUUACACAAUUUCUUCCCAUGCUAUUACUCUACAUUUGAUAUCGUGAAUACACUCUUCAUGAUCUUAUUAUCGGGAAGAAAUAAAACAGAUAUAUGACCAUACCUCGCGGACAGUCGACCAGAAUGCAAUUUCUUCGUGGCGCCUGCAUACAUUACCAUGCAUUGCAUUUUACGUUACGAGUAUAUACACGUGCCUAACUCUUUUUAUAUACGAACGCGCUUAUAUACGAGACUAUGAGGAUAAUUCAGUGAUUGUAAGAGCCAAUGCGAAGUUACUUUCGAUCGAAGUGCCUCUCGUCGAAAGGCAUUCGAGCGCGAACAGCGAGAUUAAAUCAAACGUAUAAGUUUGCACAUCGAUAAAAGAAUUUUUUCGCGCCGCUCUACAAGCUGGGCACGCGCGUUUUAUUGGCAUUAAUAAAUUUCGUAGAACGCAGAGGCGUAUGGAAAUCGCGCGGACCUCACUCGUUAGUACGUGAAAAUUUAGCGCGGUAAUCUGAUAGCGGCAUUCGGAUGAUGACGGCGCUAUCGCCGGUGAAAAGCUGACAAAUCGCUCUCGUGGAUCGUCAAUCAAAAUCAUUCUCAUUCAGGCGUUAUACGAGCGUCUGAUUUGCAUUAAUAAAUUUCGCCGCGCGCACACCGGAAACCGCGGCGUGAAAAUUUAUGACGGUGAUUUUGCGGAUCUCGUGGCAGUGCUCGUGAAAAACCGUUGCCGCGGAAGAAAUAUUCGUAUUCUUCUCGUCGUCUCGCCGGUAAAUAUUCCGCUCGGUUUCGCAUUCGACGCAAAACGGAUUUUCGUUAUUAAAUCACAUCAAGCAAAUGGAAAAAUUUAUCUCGGGAUUGGAUCGCGCGGUGUCAUCGGGGACACUUUUACGUGAACAUUUUAGGUCCGGGAUUACGAAGUGCAUGUAAGAUGGAUCUCUUUAUGAUCUUUUUCAAGAACUUUAUAGUAAAUUCUCACAAUUCUCCAAGGUUUUCCGCAAGCGUUCUCGUCGUGAAUAAAUAAAUAAAUCGUCGUGACUCUCGCGCGGCGGAGAUCGUGAAGCUCCUUGUUCGUGUGAUUUAGGAAACGGCUGGGGGAUGUUAAAAUAAUUCAGUGAUUGUCGUAUCAAAAGGUGAGAGAAAGAAAGAGAGAAGGACAGAGUGAGACAAGUCCGUGUUGUUUGCAAAUCAGCAAAGUGCAUAAUUAAUGACACGUGACCUUUUAUGGAGAGUCCCUUUAUGGAGUGUUGUGUUUUGACUCGACUGUCCAUAAGGUUAUCGUUGGAAAACGUAAUUUAUCCUACGAGACGGUGUUGACCUGCGAUACAAUAGUUAUUAAUCAUCCUUUAACCGCAGAUUAAAUUGCGAUUUAUAUCUCGGCAAAUGCGUGGAAUUGCCUCGUUAAUGUAACUCAAGGAGACCUAGCGACAUUCGAAAGGAAAUUGACGCGCACAGUGGGUGCUUUACAAAAGUAAUAAGCACAGGCGUAUUAUCUUUUUUUGCAAUAACUUUACCUUAUGCAGUAUUAACGCAAAAGAUUGAUAAUGGAAAGGCAUGAAAGGAGAGCAAUUAAUAAAACUUUUCCAUUUAUUUGUUAAAUAAUAAAGAAUUAAUCUAAAGAAAAUGCAACGAUCGAAAUAAUUGGAAAAACACGCUUGUCACGAAAGAACUUGAGAAAGAGACGGUACCAUACACAGGCAAAUACAUUUAGAAACAUUAAAAUGUUUGUUUAUCUUCUUUCUGUAAAUUUGUUUCUCGAAAACACCUUGAAACGCGAGUCAAUAGAAUUCUUAACACGGCACUGUCCAUUGUUACAGCGAAUAAUAAUAUUGGGAAAUCGUUACAAAGCCGCUCGAUCGAGCAGUCACUCGAAAUAGAUUCGUUCGCGUACAUCAUCCAAAACUGUCGUACCGUAGAAAGCCAAGAAUGAGUGUGCUACAAUUUGCGGAAGAAUUUACGCGUCUAGUUAUUCGUUACAUGAGAACAUCGAAUAAUCCAGACGAUCCACCGUCGAAUGUCAUUAUGCCUUUAAAUAAUGAACAAAUAGUGUUCACCAUACAACGCGUGCUUGACGUACUCCAAAUAAAGGAGUUCGAAAACAAGAAUGAUAAUAAUCUGUUAGAAACAUCCAUUGGCACAAGCGUUAUAAAUCUAGAAUCCUCGAUUGUAAACAUCAAACGUGAAUUAAAUAUUGAGGAUACAUGCAGUGUUACGUUUAGAUGUUCUGAGAAUGUUCAAUAUGUUUUCACUAGUGAUGAUUCUUCUGUUUCUGACAUCUCACAAUCAAUUAUUAAGAAAGAACGAGAGAAUUUUUUCAUUACAUUACAAAACGGAAAGAAGAUCAUUUCACAAUCAAAUCCUGCAAAGUACAUUAGUAACAUUAGCAGGGCAGACAUUUUUGAUCGCGGGGAAGACCAAAAUAGAACUAAAGACCAGGAAGAUAUUAUAAAUGCUAAACAACAUAAUUUAUUAGGAAAUUUUAUGCCGGUAGCAAACGAAAUACGAAAGUCUGCUUUGGACAUUAUGGAAAAAUUGACCGAAAUACGAAAGUCUGCUACAAAUAUUGUAGUAAUGCUCAAUAAUCUAGAAAUAUAAUUUUAAAUGUAGCUGAAGGCAGCAGCCAAAGGCAGCAGCCAAACGCCGAGCGGCUAGGGCCGAACGUCAUAUAAGCGUUUCUAGGGGACACCAUUCAAUCAAACGUUAAAAAUUCCCUGGUUAUGAGAUUUUUAACGAACUUUGAAAAAUUUGCAUAGAGUUUAGUCAUUAUAAUACAUAAUCGAUCAUUUCCGACAGGACUUUAAUUUACCAAUUGUAAUAAAUUUUUUAAACUAA